GGGUGGAUCUUUUGCAACAUCGGAAAAGCAGAAGCCAGAUCAGUAAAGGAAGUUGCUGGCCACAAGGAGGUAGAGAUGGUCCUGCUCAACUCAGUCUUCCACUUGAGAAUGUCUGAGCGUGUGUUUUUAUUUACCCUGAUUCUCUCUGGACUGCUGAGUGCCCCAGUGCCCCUAGACAGUGCAACCUCGACUUCCUGACAGCCCUGCUGGUCUCACUACCUGAACAGAAUCUGGCUAUGGCUCGGAUCCUCCUUCUUUUGCUGUCGGCAGCAUGUCUGCACACUGUGGCUUCAGACUCUCCCUGUCCUUCCCAGGGAACUCAUCAGGAUACAGAAGAGUAAAUGACUUUGGUGUCAACCAACCAGCUGUCCUCUCUGGAGUCCAGGGCGGCUCCAUCGAGAUCCCCUUCUCCUUCUAUUUCCCCUGGGAGUUGGCCAAUGAUCGGUCAAUGAGCAUAGCCUGGAUAUGGAAGUACUUCCAUGGGGAAGUCAUCUACAACUCCACCCAGCCUUUCCUUCAUGAGCAUUUUAAGGGCCGGCUCAUCAUGAACUGGACACAGGGUCAGACAUCUGGUGUCCUCAGAAUCCUGAACUUAAAGGAGAAUGACCAGGCCAGAUACUUCAGCCGAGUUUUUCUGCGAACAACUGAAGGCAUGAAGUCGUGGCAGUCAAUCCCUGGCACCCAACUCAUCAUUCAUGCUCUCAAUACUACCAUGGGGAGCCCCUCUAUCAUCCCCUCUGCAGUCCCCACAGCUGGCCUGGAGGACAAAAGGGGCCAGAGGAAUCCUUCACUGCUGAACCUGGGAGUCAUGGUUGGGAUGGUCUUGGCCAAAGUUGUGGUCAUCAUCCCCCUGUAUGGAUGGAUGAUCUUCCUGUGGUGGAAGCAAAGGCCAGCAGAAUAAAGACUAAACUCUAGUAAGGUGAGUGCCUGUCAUCUCAAGGGACAGAAGAGGAGCUGAUGGAAAGUUCACUAUGAGAGGCAUGGAAGGGAGCCAGAGCGAUGAUUCAGUCAGAAACACAUGGCACAGAGGCAGGAGGACCUGAGUUUGAUGGAUCAGGAAAUCACACCCAGGGAUGUGGCAGGAAUUUGCAAUCCCAGCCCUGGUCAAGCAAGAGAUGGGCAGAGACAUAUUGGCUGAACACCAAGUAUAGGACACUUGGUGAGUUCCAGGCCUGUGAAAGAUUGUGUCUUUAAAAAGUAGGGGUAUUGCUCAAGGUGAUAAAUCAUGGACAUAACAUUUUCUAAAUUGAUUUUACCUGAAAUAUUUUAAAUUACACAUUAAGGAAGAAAAAUAAUAUAUGCCAGUGAGAAAGCUCAGUGGGAAAUGCCCUCUGCUGCCUAGCCCAGUGACCUGGGAAUGAUUUCUGCGGACCCAAAUGGUACACAGAGAACACUGACUCUGGAAAUCUGUCAUCUGUCUCUCCUGAUCGCCCACCAGAUGCUGGUAACAAAUAAUUUUUUAUUCCUCAACUAACAGGCUACUCCGUACUAGGAUCUCUCACCAGGGAGGUGAAUUUACAUCAAAGUAGUUGUUGGUGAUUACACACCCUGCAUCCCACAGCCUUCCAUGUCUUCUCGCUGGGAGUCAGUCAUCAUGGCUGCAGGAUUCUCCUGUGAAAGUCAUUCUUGGAUAACCCCCACUUCUACCAUGGGGACUCAGACACGCUCUCCUUGGAACCAAGGUCCUCCUGUGUAUUUCUGGGCCUGAAAGCCUGACUGUGCUGUUGUCUCUCUGCUCAUGGAGUUAUUGACACUGUUAAUAAAUAUCUUACUCCCAGCAAUCCAUCUCAGUGUCUCUCCUGAGCCUCUGUCUUUUCCCCUUCCUGACACUUCUUAGAGAGUGUAGACUGUGUCUAGGGUGUAGGUCACUGGGAUAGAUGUAAGGGCCAUGGUCUUCAUUGAAACCCACAGCCUGACAAUCAGAGUUUUCCUCUUCUUUACUCUCUGGAUGCUGACAUCUCAUCCAGAGCCCACCCGUCCUCCCCACAUGCUUCACAUCAAGUGUCAGAGCGUGGCUUGCUUGGGUCCCAUGUUGAGCUUUCUUUACUCACAAGCCAAACUGUAUGCCCUCACUUUUUCAUUUCCUGCCAUGUUGACAUUCUGCAGUCUCCAUUGUCUCCUGAAAUGGGAAAUUUGUCCCCAAGGCCAGUCUGUCCUAAUAUUUGAUAGUUAGCAGGUCACCUUAUAAUAUAAAUUUGUGAGUACAGAGGAAACCAUCCAGAGUGACCCAGAAGGAAUGAUACCAUGCUUCUCAAGACAGAAGAAUUUCAUGGCCAUGCUCUAAAGAGAUCUACCAACCAUAGUGAGCCAUAAAUGAAGAGGUAUGGAAACAGCUCCAGUUCUCCAAUCACAAGCCUCAAAUGAACAUCAUCCAUGGGCCUAUUCUUGGUCAUUGGGAAGCUGUUUGGUCAUGAUGAGGUCACCAAAGCUCAUGUGGCUAAAGUGAAGUGCCCUGGAACAGCUGUGAGAUGUCUACUGUGGUUGUGACUGCAUCCUAGCCCCUGAGACUGAACUCUGCAGCUCUCAUGGGCAUGGUGAUUUUGGACAUUCCUGGUGUGUUUACACAGAUGGCUGCCAAGAUGCUGGUCUGUCCAGUCCUCUCAAGGAGUCUCAUGCACCUGUAAGAAGGGGCCUUAAUCUAUUUGUUCAAAUGGUCAUGUGACUUCUCAGGUCCUUUUCCUUUGCAUAAGAGGGAAAAUCCAGAGAUAAGCCUACAGCAAAGACUUACAGAGCCAACAUUCUCAUCUCUGCAUAUGUGCUUAAGUUCAGGUUGUAUACACUUAGGCAGACUUCUGAUCUUCUGUCUCUGAUCUUCCAAAAGGGAACAUUAUGUUCCAACUAGAAAGUAGAUAUUGGCUUCUGCCCUGGUGACAAAUGUUUGGCAUUUAUGUUCCCUAGAUUGAACCAAUUAGUAAGAAAAAGGACUAAAAGAAUUUGGGGAUCAUAACAUUCAUGUCAUCCCAACAAUUGACAGUUAGUGAUGGGAAUAUUAUCAGUUGUAACACUGAUUCUCAACCUGUGUGUCACCACCUCUUUGAAGCUAGGAGAACAUUUUCAUAGGAGUCACAUUUCUGAUAUCCUGAAUAUCAGAUGUUUAUAUUAUGAUCAUAACUGUAUUAAAAUUACAGUCAUUAAAUACCAAUGAAAUAAUUCUAUAAUUGGAGUCACUCCAAGAUGAGGAAAUAUCAGAGCAUUAGGAAGCUUGAGAACCACAGAAUUAGAGGCUAUUCUUGGUACUUCUUGAGUUUAGGCCAGCAUGGGUCACAUGAGACUCUGUCUUUAAAUCAACAGCAAAGCUUAACAAAACUGAAAUCAGUAAAGUGUGUCAUGAAAAAAGGCCCUCACUUAGCUCCCUUUUCCCUGGAGAUGGAGAACUUGAAUAUGAUACUUAGCUUCUCUCUAGAUUUAUAUAAAAUAUAACGUGACUAACAGUACUUCAGUUUUUGUAUGUUUUCUUGUUUUCUUCUGUUUUGGAGGAGGGUGUUUCUCUAUUAUACAAAUCUGAUUUUCCUGGAUCUUGCUUUGUACACAAAGUCUGGCCUCACAGUCAGAAAAUCUUCUGCUGCUGCAUCCUACUAAAUGUACUGACAUGGUAGGGUAUUAACACUUUCCGU